UAUAGUAUAUAUAUAAUGAUAUAUAUACAUAUACAAGUAUAAAUGCUGAUUUAGCACAAUUAUCACUUGUCAAUAAUAUAAUUAAAGCGAAAAUUUGCGGAAUGUAAUAAGAGGGAGAGAAAUGGAGAAAAUUGUAAUAAUUAAGUUGUUAAUGAGUCUUCUAAGCCAGUGCGCAAUUAAUUUACAAAUAUUCAUUGAUCUAGUAUAUAUUGUUUACAAAUAUUCAUUUCCACAAAAAAACCGCUUGACUUGCUUACUUUUGAGUAUGUAGUCCAUUCACAGUUACCAUUCAAAUUUGCAACUGCUAAAAUGAUCACUUGAAUACUGAACGCCUUUAUUUUGUCAUAAGCCUUUCGUGGGCGGUUUUAAAUUUGUAGAAUCCUAGUUUUAACCUAUAACAUUUGGUUGCACGUCACGAAUCGAAGUAGAAACCUGGUAUACAACACCGAACAAUCGUUAUUGAGAGAUCAUUAAAUUAUUGGCGAAAAAAAAACAAUGAUAAGGCUAAAUAGUUUAUAGUGAAUAUGCCACAUGACGGUUGUGCUUGGAAAUCAAAAUCAAAUAAUAACAAAAUGAAAUCGAAUUAAUAUAAUAUAUAGACUACUGCUUAUUUCCUAUUCCAGUAAUCAUACACGAUCAUACAAUGUAUGGACCGCGUACACACGCUUGCACACUGCCGUUCAAAGAUCGCAUUGAGCAUAUGCACCGGCACGGGGAAGUCUCGGUGCCGGCUGUUGUCAUAGGCGCUUAUCAAACGAGACUAGACUUUUAUUAUUUUAGCGAACUUUUGCUCUUUCCUUGAUAUGAGCGCGAGUAGGCAUUCUAUACUUUAAUGUUGGUAUUGCAACAGUUCGUAAAAUAUACAAACAUUUCAAUUGAACCCAAAUUAUGCAAGUAAAUAUGUGCGCAUGUAUGUUAGAAAACGAAAAUUUAUAGGUACAUACAUAUAUACAAACAUGCAGCACGGGAUAUGCGAGUAAACCAGCAAUUUAAGCUGAUGAAAUGUGUGUUUUGUAUGAAACAAGUUUCGCCUAAUAUGCAGCUACCGUUAUUUGCACGAAUAUUUUAAGUCGUUUAUUGGUUUGUGGCAAUUUUGCACGUAAUUACUUAUUGGUAAGUAUUUACAGAAUUGCACGUCUGAAAACUUCCGGAAUUUUCACGAAUUCCAUCAGGAAAUUGUAAUGAAAAAAAUUUUUAAUUUUUAAAUUUAAAAAAAAUCAUUAGCAAUUAUUAAUUAGUGGAAAAAAGUUGACAAUUUAUUGGUUCAGUAACAUUCGUCUAGAUGCGCGCACAUCUGCUGGAGAUUUAAACUUCAUAAUGAUUAAGUUAUUGAUAACCAAAAAACACGUGUUACAGCUACAAAAAUUCAAAAAAUCAAAGCAAAAAUAGCCGAUCGCUUUCAGCAUUUGAACAAUAUGAUUUGUUACACUUGCAUGUACAAGAAACGAUUUUUUUAGUUAGUUAGUUUUUAAUUAACAGAUUAGCCGCCAACAUGCGCCUUUAAAAAUUUCAAUUUGACAACGAAAGUGUCAAAUAAAUAACAUAUUUUAAUAAGCAAUUAUUUAGCAAAAGAAACAACAAAGUGACCGUUACGCAAACAUAAUUGAAAACGGAUGCGCUUUAAUUUACUUAAUCUCGCUAAUUAGCAGCUGUCAGCAACAAAAAAGCAAAAGUUGUUAGCUAAACAAAAAAAAACGAAUAAUUAGUGCAGAAAAGUGUAAAUUAUUUAUAAAUAACUAUUAAGAUGAUUUAAAUUUGGCUCUCUGCAGCAACUAUGUAAAUAGUUGAUUGGCAUGCGAACGCUGAAUGCCUACGGCGUACAAGGUCAAGUUUUAAAUGUAGGUUGGCCCUGCUAUCAAUAAAAGAAUAUAUAAUUAAUACAAGAGUGCUUAUAUAUUGUUGCAAUUAUUAAUGAAUUAUCAAUUUAUGUGCAGCUAGGUGAGUGCACGACGCAAUUUAUGAUGUACGACGUAAAUUCGUGAUGCAGACUAUGCUAUUCCAUGUCAUAGAUAAGCACUUUGCAUGUAUUCAGCGUGGCUUUUCUUAACCUUGUGCGCGGUGAUGUGCCGUUAAAACAACAACAUACGUUUAACAAACAUUUUUUAUGCUAAAACUAAAAUCUGAUAUUAAUAAAAGUGUUUUCACAACAAUUUUCCACUGUCGAGUUUUACUAACGGCCGCUAGCUUUACAAGCGUAAACAAGUUUGCCAAAUAUUUACUAUCGGUAAAUAAUCAAUUACUGCAAAAACUGCACAACUUUGAUUACUGCUAACGCUUUGCGCAAGCGCAAGAAACGCAUCAAGUAUCCAAAUCAUGGUAUGAUGAUGAUGGGUUACGGUAUAGCACCUGACUGACUAAACCACUAUGCGCAACCGCUCGCUACACAUGUGAUCUGACGCAUACCACUAUACCAUAUUUAUAGUAAUAAAAAAAAAAACACUAUCUGCGACAACAUCUGCAGCAAAGCAUUGGCUAAACGCUUGACUGUUUGUCGCAUUUACCAUUUUUUCUUGGGGUUGUGAACAGAUAAGCCAAGCGAUUUGGUUUCAAACGUCAAUUUGUUCGUAAACGUAUUCAAUAAUUGUAUGUAAAACGACGUCGGCAUCAGCAGCGCGCCGUAUGUGUAUGCUGUUGUAGCGCAGCGCGCAGUCUGAGCCGUUAAACGACGGAAACGUUGGUGAUGUUGGCGCUGACAGCAAGCUGUCGAUCACAGUAUUUUCCUGGUGAUCUAACAAAGCAGACGUACAAGUUGGAGAGCACGGUAAAAAACGUGGUGAAUGCAUAUAUUUGUGACUACAAAAGUGUAACGGUACAUAAUAGUGUUCGAACCUUGAAUGUGAAAGGAAGUGUAGUGUAGCGGAAGCAAAGUGCCUAACGAAAAGGGAACUUUAAAAGAGCGUAAAAUAUACACAGAAGUGUAAUUAAAAGAAGCAGUGUAAAGCUUUAUUCAAAAUGGCUACCAAUGGCAAGCGUGUGUGUGUAAUUGGUGCUGGUACAGCAGGACUUUGCGCGUUGAAAAAUUCACUGCAACAGGGCAUGGACGCGAUCGCCUAUGAGCAAUGUAGCGAGAUCGGUGGCACCUGGGUGUAUACGAAACCAGGUGAAAAUGAUGUGCAUAGCAGCAUGUACGAGGGUUUACGCACAAAUCUGCCCAAAGAGGUUAUGGGUUACCCGGAUUACUCAUAUCCUUCGGAAAUCGAGCAAUCAUUCGUACCGUCUGCCGAAGUGCUGAAAUUCUUGCAGUCGUAUGCGCAACAUUUCGAUUUAUCACACUACAUUAAGCUGCAGCAUGAGAUAAUACGUGUGCGUCCUUUGGAUGAAAAAUGGGAGAUCUACAUCCGCGACAUCAAGAAUGACACUUUUAUCAAAGAAAUAUUUGACUUCGUUUUCGUUUGUAAUGGGCAUUAUAGUAUGCCACUGAUGCCAGAUAUCGAAGGCAUAGAUAGUUAUAGAGGUAAAAAGUUGCACAGUCAUUGGUAUCGUAAACCGGAUACAUUUAAAGGUACCACUGUACUCGUAAUCGGCGCUGGCCCUAGUGGCAUGGAUAUUACGAAUCACAUCAGCAAAUUCGCUAAGCAAAUCUAUCUUAGUCAUAAUUUGGAUCCUGCACCCUGCACCGAUUUCAUGCCAAAUGUUACGCAGAAGACAGUCGUAAAACGCUUCACCGAAGAUGGCGCCGUCUUCAAAGAUGACAGCACUGAAACCUUCGAUCACAUUAUCUUCUGCACUGGCUACAAAUACACAUUCCCAUUCCUCAGUAUCGAUGUUUCGUUGCGCGUCGAUGAUAAUUUCGUACACCCACUUUAUAAGCACUGCAUCAAUAUACAUUAUCCCACGAUGGCAUUGAUUGGCCUGCCCUUCUAUGUGUGUCCAUCGCAAUCGUUCGAUUUGCAAGUGCGUUUCGCGUUGGCAUUCUUCACUAAGAAACGUGAGUUUCCGAGUCGCGAAGAAAUGUUCGCCGAUUUGGAGAAGGAUAAGGAGAACCGACGCAAAAAGGGUCUGACCAACCGUCUAGCGCACGCGAUGGGCGAUAAGCAGUACGACUACUACCAAGAUCUCUCCGAAACGGCCGGUAUUGAAAAUAUCAAACCGGUGAUUAAUAAAAUCAUGGAGGAUUGCAGUCGGAAAUAUAUUUAUGAGCUCGCCACAUACCGUAACGAUCGCUUCAAGGUGCUCGAUGAUGAAACAUUCGUGAAAUUUCACUUGGAGACCGCUUGAAAUUUAAAUAAUCUUUGUACUACUUGUACAUGCUAUUUGGGAGCUUUUUGGGGGUUAAGGGUUCAUUGUGCUUACUUUAUAAUUAUAUAUAUAUUUAAGCGUCAUUAAGUCUAUGUUAUAUCUUUUUUUAUUAUUAUACUAUAUAUUUUUAAAAAAUUCAUUAUCAUCUUCCAUACACAAGAUUCAUAUAGACAAUAAAAUGGUUUGUAAAAUGAAAAAAAAAA